UGUGUGUGUGUGUGUGUGUGUGGUUGAGGUGGAUUUGAUGAGGGGACAGGUCGGACACUGAUAAAGACGGUAUCUAGCUAGUAAAGGAGUGCACGGGGAAUGAUGAUGACGGACAUUAGGCCACAGACAGGUGAAGAUGACAGCUGUUAUUGACUGAAUGACACUUUUUAUUUUUGCCUUUGACAGUGUGUGAAUACCACUUUGACUACAAGAUUCUGCAGAAACCAGUAGAUCUGCGUGGGCAUCUGAUCUGCACAGAGCAACAUACACAUAAUCUGUAGGCUGGCCAGGUGUAAACUACAGGUUUAGGCACAGAUGCGUAUAGAUGGGACAGAGGGACAGAUCCAGGCUAACAAACAGGUAUUGGGUAUGAAGGAGAGAGGGCAGGAACCAGACAAAGAUCCCUGGCCAGUGGCCCCAGAGGUCAGAAAGAUGGAGGUUAAGGGACCCAGCUUUAAGCCCCAAAUGGAGGGGGUGAAGCGGACUCUGAGGGUGACGAACCCCUUGGCUCGGGAAUGUUUGGGAGAGCUGAUGGGAACAUUUGUUCUGCUGAUGUUUGGCUGUAGUGCAUCAGCCCAGGUGAAGACCAGUAGAGAGACUAAGGGACAGUACCUCUCAGCCAACAUGGCCUUCUCUGUAGGGGUCAUGUCUGCCAUGUACCUCUGCAAGGGGGUCUCAGGAGCCCAUCUGAACCCAGCGGUCACUCUGAGUUUCUGUUCGUUGGGCAGGGUGCCCUGGGUGAAGCUGCUCCCAUACUCUCUGUGUCAGGUGCUGGGAGCUUACCUGGCCUCUGGCCUGGUCUUCCUGGUCUACUAUGAUGCUAUCAUGGACUUCAGUGGAGGGAAUUUGACAGUGUAUGGGGCUAAUGAGACGGCGUCCAUCUUUGCCACCUAUCCCUCAGAGCACCUAUCACUCAGCAGCAGCAUCCUAGACCAGGUGGUGGGCACUGCCAUGUUAAUGCUCUGCAUCCUCCCAUUGGAUGACCAGAAGAAUAGUCCUGCCCCCGACGCUCUGAUCCCGCCCAUCGUUGCCGUGGUAGUCCUGGGGAUCGGCAUGUCGAUGUCGUCCAAUUGCGGCGGAGCGAUAAACCCUGCCCGUGACCUGGGGCCACGCCUCUUGACACUGACCGCCGGCUGGGGCACUGAGGUGUUCACGUGUUAUAACUACUGGUUCUGGGUUCCCAUGAUGGCUCCUCUGCUGGGAGGGAUGGUGGGCUCUGGGAUGUAUCUGGUCUUCAUCGCAUGGCACCUGCCCGACCUUCCAAUGAACCCUCCCAUAGACAGCUCCUCUACCAAGCCCACCACGGAGGUGUGGAAGCAGCCCCCAGCACCAGAGAAGGAAGGGGUGGAGUUGAAAACUGCCGUUUUCUAGAAAGGGUAGAGAGAGUCAGGGUCUGGUGAGAAACUGGUGAAUCAACGUUGUUUCCAUGUCAUUUCAACACCCAAGAUUAAUGUGAUGAUGUUGAAUCUACUGAAUCUACUGAAAAACUGAUUGGAUUUGCAAAAACUCAUCAAUAUAACGGCAUUUCAUCUUAUUUUCACCCAACUUUUCACCUAAUUCCAAUGUUGUUGAUUUCACGUUGAAUUCACGUUUGCUGACAACCAAACCAAAUGUCAAUCAAAACUAGGUUGAACUGACUGCUUUGCCCAGCGGGGAGACAUUUCUCUGGCUGUUUCCUAUAGGAGAAAGGACAUGCUAACAGACUGAUGGGAGAACAUUUGUCCAAGCCUCCUCUCCUGUCAUUUUGUUCUAUUGAGAUGCUACUGCUGAUUGAGGAUCAGGUGUAUAUAUUAGUAGUGAGCUUCAAAAACACACAGUCAGAGGUGAAAGGAGAAGUUGAUACUAUGAUUAGAGCCAGGCGUUCUGGUUGUUUUUUGAGGGUUUUAUCUUUGACAGGUAUUUACAACAUUAUCCACUGGGUUUACUGCAGGGAGAAAAUCCAAGGAAAUGCUCUUUAUUUGAAACAAGCUGUAAUUCCAAUCAAUAAUUCGUUGUUUAGUUGUGAGUGAGUGUUUCGGGGAGGUGUAGCUCAAGUCAGGGGAGGUGUAGCUCAAGUCAGGGGAGGUGUAGCUCAAGUCAGGGGAGGUGUAGCUCAAGUCAGGGGAGGUGUAGCUC